GUAGCGCGCGUGCGGCGUCUAAAGGCGCUUUAUAAUCAAUUCCUCAUGCACACUUUUAUAAUUUUAUAUCAUCAGAGUCUUAUCAGUUUAAUAAGGUUUACAAUGCGUGGUUCACAGGAAAUGUAGGGAUAAUAACAAUAAUAACCAUAAUAAUCAUAGUAAUUAUUAUAAUAACAAUAAUAACAACAACCGCUGAUUGGAGAAAGUGAGUCUUGUGAGAAGUCCGGGCCUUUCACUCAGCCCAGGGUGGUGUAGCAGGUCAGAGCUUUGUGUCUGGGACUGAUCGCAUCUGGAUGUUCUCCUCUGAAACAGUUCUUUUAAGCUGCACACUUGACCACAUUCUACAAGGAUUUUUACCCCCCGCUGCAUCUUUUACAAGAGACGUGGAAACUGUUGUAGGCCUGUUCUGGCCAGAGAGAUCCAGAUGUGAGCAUUGUUCUGGAACCUUUGAUUCUCUCUUCAGCCAUGCAUUUGGAGGUGAAAGUUGCACUGAACUUCAUAGUAUCCUACUUGUACAACAAGCUCCCGCGGCGAAGGGCAGACCUGUUUGGAGAGGAGCUGGAACGGAUCCUGGUGUCCCGUUUCGAAGGUCACUGGUACCCGGAGGCUCCGUUACGUGGUUCUGCCUUCCGCUGCCUUCAUCUCGGAGUCCCUGGGGACCCUGUGGUGGACUUGGCAGCCAGAAGGAGUGGGUUGGACAUGGAGGAAGUCCGUGCCAACGUUCCUCCAGAGCUCAGCAUCUGGAUUGACCCUUAUGAAGUGUCUUAUCAGAUUGGUGAGAAAGGGGCUGUGAAAGUUCUCUACAUGGAGGACCCACCAGGUUUGGGGGGUGAAGCUGAAAUAUCAGAAUGCUUAGGAGGGCUUUGUAAAGGAGAUAUGGAGCUGGAAGAUGGUAAGAAUUUGGGCUUCAACCCAGACGCUCAGGUCUUUGUGCCCAUUGGCAGGCAGGCAUCACCAGUCAUGCUUCCAUCGCUCUCUAAUUCACCCACACCGCUCUGUCAAGGUCUGUUCAGCUACGCAGGCUCCAGUACUCCAACGGAUCCCACUGUGCACUCAAACACCACCUCUCCAUCACCACCCAGUAUAGGGAUGCCCUACCCUCAUCCAGCUGCCCAACCCAGCUCCCGUCCUGCACUGCAACAAAUGACCUUCACCACAGCCAGCUUUGCUGCUACCAAGUUUGGCUCCACCAAGAUGAAGAAAUGCAUGGCAUCUGGGGUGGUGGGUGGAUCUGGCAGUGUCGGCGCUCCUCAACAGCGAAUGCUGAGCUGCUCCCCUACUGCAAUGUCUUCCAUUUCACCACCUGGACUGGUGAAGCACAAGGCCCUGUCUCUCUCCAUGCACUCCUUGGCUGGUCCAGUCUCUAGCCAGCUCUCGCCAAAUGCCAAAGAGUUUGUCUACCCUGCCUCCCAGGGGCCUCUUUGUUUUGAAGCUGAGGCUCCACACCUAACCCAUGCUGGUCCAUUCCAAGCACCGCUUCCAGGCCCUGCUCACCCACAUACCACCUUUGAGCCAUUCUCUAGCCCACCACCAGGUCAUGCUAUGGGUGUUGUGAGUGGUGGCAGUGGAAUUUCCUUCAUGGAGGGUCUGGGGGGCUACAACCUGCAGUACUCCAGCCAAGCUUUCCAACCAGUAGUAUUGGCCAACUAGGUGUUCAAAAAAAAGCUUGAUGUCUUUUGGGAUUUAAAAAAAAAAAUUUCACCAGUUGUUCCUAAUACAUAAAGUUAAGAUGGUGUUAUGACCACUAAAACCACUUCUGAUUUGAUUUUUUUUUUUCCUUCAUAGAUUUUUGUUUGUAUUCAAAGGUAAUUCUUUUCCUUUCUCCCAAGCCAAUGGGGAAAUAACCAGCCUCCUGCCGCACAGAUGUUUUGCAUUGAAUGCUAAUUUGAUCUGGGUGUUCCUCACCAAGGUAUCGUUCUCUGUAGCCUGGCUGAGCAGCAUGAGCUUGAUCCAACACUGCUCUUUCAUGCUGUGAAGAGCUUCAUGCUUAAAUUUAAUCAUGUUGCGAGCAAAUUUUGUUGGAAGGUUCAGGAUAGCGGAGAGGUUGGGACUUUUCUAUAUGCUGUCUAGUUGAGCCUCACUGUGGGGUUUUUUUUUUGUGUGCCAAUGUAGGCAACACAUCUUGAACUGUUAUUUUCUUUUUAUUUUCUGUGGUUUGAGUAUAUAGUCGGGACAUGGUGCAUGCUGGGUAUCGGGCCUAGUCAAAUGGGGUAGUGCUUUAACGCACAAAGACUGCUUUUUUUUUUUUUUUUUUUAUUCAAAAGCCAUAAAUAUGGUUCGGGGGGGGGAGUAGACUAGUUGAAGGCAGUGGCAAGAUGACUGUUAAUGUGGUAGUGUUUGUCUCCUGUAGGAAUACCAAGCCAGUGGUGCGUGAAGGUAAGGGGUCAGGACUUUGGUGGAUGGGACAUAGUAUAGCAGAAAGGCUCAUGAUAAAUGAUAGGGCUUUGGCGAGGAUGGAAUGAUGGGGAAUGUGUGUAUGGGCAGCUAUAACCUUUUGGCAGUAGCUUGAUACAUGGCACUUGGAUUGCUGAGCUUGGUGUCCUUCAGAGUUGGAGUCUGGUUUGGGACUACGAAUGUGAAUCUAAUUUCUAGCCAAGUGGGUGUUGAGCAGUUAGAUGCUGUGAUUCUUCAUUAUCUUCAUGCUCAAAGGUUUAGACAUUUUGCAUAUUAGACAAAGAUCCUGUAACGUCUUAAGACGUUACCAAGUUUACCAAGUCCAUUGAUCUACAAUCACUUUCAAUCAUGGAGAUGGUUGAUAAAAUCUGGCUCGACUGAAAGCAUCCUAAGCUUUCUUGAUCGAUACCUGCUUAACCUGUAACUACGAAACCAUCCUUGCACUGUUCCCCAUUCCAAUGUUGGUCCAUUUCAUGACCACCAUUUUGAGUGGAUUAGUUUCUUUUUGGUGGUAAGGGCCCAGAGGUUUGUCGUCAUGGCUGGCUGAAACUGGAUGUAUUUUUUUUUACAUUCGUUUGUAAUUUAUUUAAAAUUUUUCUAUUUUUUCUGUGCAUUUUUUUCCAAGAGAAUCUAAAGGCAUUUGUAAAAGAUAUUAUAUACAGUAUAUACUAUGACGUGUGUAUAUAUUUCUUAUGUUAAGAUAUCCUUUAUUUAGUUUCUUAUGUGCUGAGGUUAUUUUUCCAGAAAUAACUAAUAUAUAUAUAAUAUGCAAGUUGAAACUAAUAAAGUGUUGAACAAA